AUGCGAUAUUACUAUACCUCGGUGCUAAGUCAAGAGAUACUUUGGAAUACUAGUAUCAAUUCUCGCUGCUCAAAACAACUUACUUACAAUAUUUUUGGACUGUCUUGUUCAUCGACCUCGAUUAUUCUACCGUGUCUGCUCUGUUGUUGCUUUUUUUGCCAUCGUCGAACAAGGUAUUUUUUUUGGACCUAUGAUAUUCGUGUUCCCACAUGUGUGGGCAUUUGUUGUAUUCUGGUUUCACAACUUUCAUUGGAAGAUGAAGCGAAAAUCUCUCUGUCUUCGCUCAGAAGUCCACCUGGCAGGUAAUUGGCCGCAAGCGAGCCGACGUCCACUCGGAGGACUCGUUUUUGGUCAACAGCAUUCCUACCCAAAUUUUUACAAAGAAUGUAGAUUUUUUAAAGGGGGCCGAAGCAGACGGAGAUGUUGACGGCAAAUUUUUUGGUCGUGACGUGCUGUUGCGUUCAUGGUACGUACGGUGGGGGCUUCGAAUCUCCAAUAAGACAAUGCGGAGGUGGUGUGUGAAAUGCAAAUGCUUUUUUUUCCUAGAAAUAAAUGCGAAUGCCUAUGCCAUUUAGGAAAUACGACGAAUCACGCCGCAAGAAGAAGGACAAGCUUUCAGACAAAGCCAGAAAUAGCGUAAACAGAACUUUGCAAGACCUGUUUCGCUUCACUAGCACUACAAAAAUUGAUUUCAUUGCUUCUACGACCACGACACUCACACAACUGCGCACACCCCUAUUGAGAUGCUCCGAUCGUAGAAAAAAAUCACCAACGAGCUGCGCGAGCAGCAGCAGGGCCGAGUUGGUAACAACUUACUACCAAGAUCGGUGAGCAAAGUUAGAAGUCGAGGACAAAACAUUUAUUUCAGAUAGUUGUGCUAGUACCAACAAGAACAUACAACAACUACUGCGAAAAAUAUCUUCUUGCAAGAAAUCAAGAACUUCUACACCAAAUCGAAGACCCGUUUUGUUUUGGCUUUUUUGUUUUCCGCACCAUCCAUGGACGAUUGAUAGCCUUUUCAUUCUUUCUAUGCUAUUCCUUUUUUGGUUUCUGCGAAAAAUAAAAAGCUGCCCAUUAUCCAUUAAUCGGACUGAAUUCGAUGUCGGCUUGAAGGGUAGCGGAGGGCAGCGAGCGGUUUAUGGAAGUUGUAAAUACGGCGAAAAUAAAUGAAAAAACGCUACAAAUUUUACACACACGGCAGCUGCAACCCUUUCUAGAUUCCCGAGUGAAGCCGAUCCGAUCAUUUGUCAUUCGUUUAUUGAUGUUGUCUCGGUAUUCAGAUGGGCCGAACUAGCUCCCUAUCCUAGAAGGGGUCCCCUACAACGACAAUUACGGGCAGAGACUUACUACAUUUUCCAAACUCAAAAACGUGAAAAAAACAAAAAAAAGCAAGAAAAUUCAUAAAAACAAAGCUAAAGCAACGCGGCUAGAAAUAGAAGUGCUGCGCAUCGUGGUCCAACGCCCUAGGUAGUUGUUGCACGGGCUACAGCACACGACCCUUCCAACGUCGUGCCUG